AUGUCUAUUACUAAUAAAUCGAAUGUUGAAAUCACCACCUUCUUCUUGGUGGGUGCAGGGCUGGAAUAUGCACACAUCUGGAUCUCUAUCCCCAUCUGCAGCAUGUAUCUUUUUGCUAUUCUGGGAAACUGCACCAUCCUUUUCUUCAUCAAGACAGAGCCCUCCUUGCAUGAGCCCAUGUACUACUUCCUUUCCAUGUUGGCCGUGUCUGACAUGGGCUUGUCCUUCUCUUCUCUACCCACCGUGGGGAGGAUCUUCUUAUUCGAUGCCCCUGAAAUUUCUGCCAGUGCCUGCUUUGCCCAGGAAUUCUUCAUCCAUGGAUUCACAGCAGUAGAAUCCUCAGUGCUCCUGAUCAUGUCAUUUGACAAUUUCCUAGCCAUCCACACCCCCCUGAAAUACAGCUCCAUUCUGAAUCCUGUCAGGGUUGCCAAAAUAGGAAUAGUAUUAUUCCUUAAGAGUGUCCUCCUGGUGCUGCCCUUCCCCUUCACUCUGAGAAGUUUGAAAUAUUGCAGUAAAAGUCAAUUAUCCCAUUCCUACUGUCUCCACCAGGAUGUCAUGAAGUUGGCCUGCUCCGACAACUGAAUUGAUGUCAUCUAUGGCUUUUUUGGAGCAGAGUGCUCCAGAGUGCUCUGCCUUAUGGUAGACUUUAUGCUCAUUGCUGUGUCUUACAUUCUGAUCCUCAAGACUGUGCUGGGAAUUGCACCCCAAAGGAGCAGCUCAAGGCCCUCAAUACCGUGUUUCACACAUCUGCACAGAUUCAUCUUCUAUCUGCCCAUCAUCAACCUUGCCACUGUCCAUCACUUUGUCAGACAUGUCUCACCUCUCUUCAAUGUUCUCAUGGCAAAUGUUCUUUUACUUGUGCCUCCAAUGACGAAUCAUGUGUACUGUGUGAAAACCAGGCAAAUUAGAGUGAGAGUUCUAGCAAAAUUAUGUCGAAGCAGAAUAGUCAUAUAUUGUAGAAAACCUAUCUUGGGAAUGUCUUGGAUAAGAGUUUAA